GGGGCGGUUUGAGCGGCAGUGCCGGGCGCGGCGGCGGCUCCGCGGUUCCGGCACGAUGCUGCCCCUGUCGUUGCUGAAGACGGCGCAGAACCACCCCAUGCUGGUGGAGCUGAAGAACGGAGAGACAUACAACGGGCACCUGGUGAGCUGUGACAACUGGAUGAACAUCAACCUGCGGGAGGUCAUCUGCACCUCACGGGACGGCGACAAGUUCUGGAGGAUGCCGGAGUGUUACAUCCGUGGCAGCACAAUCAAAUACCUGCGGAUCCCCGAUGAAAUCAUCGACAUGGUGAAAGAGGAGGUGGUCUCCAAGGGCAGAGGCCGUGGGGGGAUGCAACAGCAGAAACAACAGAAAGGCCGUGGCGUUGGAGGUGCUGGACGAGGUGUGUUUGGGGGCCGUGGCCGAGGAAUACCGGGCAGCGGAAGAGGCCAGCAGGAAAAAAAGCCAGGCAGGCAAUCGGCGAAGCAGUGAGGGGCUGUGUGAGCCCCGGCCAGGGACAGAGCACAGCGCUCCUCGGUGCCACCUCAGGAUGGCCAUGGGUUCAAAUCCUUCAACCUCUGCUCCUCCGUCAGUCGAUCCGUGCCCGAAUCGCGUUGUUCGGAAGCCCCUCGCUGUUCGAUCUGAUCAAGUGCAGCUCUGGGCUUCUUUUAGCCAGCCAGCCUGUAAUUGGAAAUGUUUAAAAAAGAACCGCUCGCGGUUAAGGACCUGACUUCAGCACUAUUGAAUCUGUUGGGAUCUCUGUUUUAAUUUACAAGCAUCUCCUGGGCGCUGGGAGAUCUGAGGCAAACGCUUUCGGGCUCGGUCGUGUGGCUGGUUUGGUUUUCAUUUCGUUUUGUUUUCUAACACUUGGCACACAGCAAUGUCUCGCCUGCUCACAGGCGCAGCGUUUUGGUUUAAAAGCACUGAACUUGAGGAGAUGGUGCCUUUAGUGAGCGGCCGCA